CUGAACCGCACUUGGUUCGCGCUUUUACUUUACAACUAGCGAUGUCCCCGUUGGAUUCAAUGUGGACAGUCUCGGACCUCGGUAGACCAGCGAGGCACUAUCUCAGCUGACAGCUACUUCUGUAGCGCCUCUGGGUAUGACGGUUUCUCUCCAAGCUUUCCACCACUCCUUGACUCGGGCACGCAAGGUCAUUCAAGUCAGUGCCAACGAGGAAGAACACGAGAAAACCGAUUCGUGGUCCAACCGUGAUCUUAUUCCUUUGCCACCCCAGUAAGUCACUCAAUCAGAUUCAUCAACGGUGGUGUCGGAUACACUCACUCUCACAGACGAAGGACCUGGGGUGCCUUUGAAUAUUACGGGUAUUGGUCUUUGAGUUCCCUUAAUGUUGCAGCAUGGCAAGCUCCCAGCAGUUUCUUAACCGAGGGUCUUUCCGUUGGUCAAACUAUGGCUGUUAUUCUCAUCGGACGUACAAUAAUCGGUCUCUUCUCCACAUUGGUCGCAUGGUGUGGUCUCCGCUGGCACAUUGGGUUCACCAUCCAAAACCGAUUCUCCUGGGGAAUGCGCGGAAGCUAUAUUCCCCUUCUCCAGCGCGUCCUCCUCAACUUCAUCUGGAAUGCUAUCCAAUGCUGGACAGGGGGGAAAUUGGUUGCCGUUUGUGUAACCGCCGUGUUCCCGAGCUUUCAGAAUAUCAAUAACACACAUAAGUUACCCAGAAAUACACCAGCGACUGCAACAGAAAUGAUUGGAUUCUUCCUCUUCUGGUUCUUCUCUAUCCCAUUUCUCUGGAUUCCACCCGAGCGAUUCCGGCGUCCUUUCCUCGUAACUUGUGUGUACUGCGGUGUAGCUAUGAUUUGUAUGCUGAUAUGGUCGCUCGCCGUCGCGAAAGGCGUUGGCCCUGUUUUUUAUACUCCGGCAACAGUCAAGCCAUCGCCAUCGAGUUGGACCUGGAACACUGCUUGGAUCAUGCUCAAAUGCAUCAACUCCACUAUCGGUGGCAACGCAGCUGGCAUGACCAACGGUUCCGACUUUUCUCGAUAUGCCAAGUCUCCCAGGCAGGCUUUGAGGUACAUCAUUGGGACAGUUACCUGUCUUAUUGGGGUUGGAACCUUGGUGAGUCUCGUCGGACUUGUGGUCACUGCAGCAGCACAGAAGAUAUAUGGUGAAAUCUACUGGAACCCUCCCGAUUUGCUUUUGAGGAUGAUGCAGAAUGACGAUGGGUCUAUCACCAGCUCGAAAGCCAGAGCUGGCGUUUUUUUUCUGGCCCUCGGAUUCUCGCUGACGGCUGGAUUCGAAAACAUUUGUGGCAACGCCGUCGCCGGCGGUAUCGACCUUGCUGGUAUUUGGCCUCGCUACAUCAACAUCCGUCGGGGUGCCAUCAUCACCUUCUUCGCAGCGUGGAUAUGUCAACCCUGGCAACUCGUCAAUCGUGCCACUACCUUCGUCACAGUUCUUUCCUCUUUCUCCGUAUUUUUGGCACCGUUGAUGGGGAUAAUGACUUGUGAUUACUUCCUCAUUCAUAAACAAAAGGUCAAGUUGAGUUGGUUGUAUGAACUCCGUGGGGGUUAUUUCUACCAUCAUGGUAUCAACUGGAGGGCUCUCCCAGUGUGGAUUGCCGGAUGGGCACCCACAGUUGGUGGAUUGAGCGUUACGGUGCAGAAGAAACUACUUUCGCCAAAGCCUUUAUUCCAUAUGUACUAUAUCUCUUUCUUCCUUGGAUUUCUCAUCUCGUUCAUCCUUUUCUAUGUUGUCAACUUGAUCUUCCCUCUCAAGAACUUGAACGAGACAGAUGGCACGGAUGUCUUUGGAGCUUUCACGGUCGAUGAAGCGAGGUUGUUGAGACUCUCACCCCUGCCUUCGACUGAGAAGGCUGGUAGUUGCCUUGAUAUUGAGCAAGUACCGACUGUUUCGAAAUGAUGAGAACUGCAAACUUGUCUACCUUUAUAUCCUUUUCAAAAUUUAGAUCUAUGGAGUUUAUGAGUCGCGCUAAAAAGAUUCUACACGUUCAUAUACCUACUAAAGGCCUCCCAUACUGGGCGCGUCGCGCUUCAUACGUACAGACGUCCAUCUCGCGGCUCAUAUGAUAACUCUAAUUUCCCC